UGAGAGACAAAGAACGAUCUAGUCCAGCUGAUCCGACCCAGACAGGUCCCUGCUGCAUGAAAACUCUCCCGACAUAGGCGUCAGGAUCCCAGACUGACUGCGGAGGUUUAAACUCCUGGGACGCGAAUGAAGAAACUUCUCCUGCUUCACUUCACAUACAGAGGUUUAGUGAGAAAAGGGAAAAAGAGUAAAAGAAGAAAAUGGAUCGUUUUAAAUUGCGAAAAGCUGAACCCAAAGAUGUGCCUGACAUACUGCGACUCAUAAAGGAACUGGCUAAAUAUGAAGACAUGGAAGAUCAAGUGAUACUGACUGAGAAAGAUCUGCUCGAGGACGGAUUCGGUGACCAUCCAUUUUACCACUGCAUCGUGGCGGAAGUCCCCAGUGACAAGCAGAGCAACAACGGUCCUGUGGUGAUUGGGUUUGCCAUGUACUACUUCACAUAUGACCCCUGGAUUGGCAAGCUGCUUUACCUGGAAGACUUCUUUGUCAUGGGAGAGUACAGGGGGUUUGGCAUCGGCUCAGAGAUCCUCAAGCUCCUCAGUCAUACAGCAGUCAAGACUCGCUGCAGCAGCAUGCACUUCAUCGUCGCCGAGGGCAACCAGGCGUCGAUAGAGUUCUACAAGCGUCGCGGCGCAGCUGACCUCUCUCUGGAGGAGGGAUGGAGGCUCUUCAAGAUCGACAAGAGCUCCCUCCUCAAGAUGUCCUCCGGCCCCGAAGAGUGAGCUGGCCCCAAGACACAUAGAAAGAUGGGAGUGAGAGACUUGGGUCUAUUUAAUUAUUUGCCUGUCUCUUACUUCAGCAGUUGGGUGGUGGGGGGGUGUGACUACUGACAGAUUACUAUUAAAAGGGGCAUUAAACAUUACUAAUCAUGUGUACUAACUUAAUUUAGGGUUCCGUUUAGAUUUUUUAAAAUCACGUUUUAUCUGAAGCCAUCGUUUUAGUAGUGGUAGUAUUUUUUUCUGCUAAUCCAACACCUUAGGAUUCCUAGCGUUCUCUGUAGUUUGAAUGUUUAUUAUGUUGGUGUAAUUAAAAUUUUCAGAGCACA